AGAUUCGUACACUCGAGCUUCGCAACCACGAUUUGUCCACGGAAGUGUGCUGGUUGCGUCAGCAGUGCACCAAUCGCCUGCCCAGAUGUCCCUAGUGGUUCUAUGGCUUCGUUUGUACCGCCAAACUGCUCAGAGCAGUGUCAAGUGGAAAAGAAGGUGCUUCAGGACACAGUGGCCAAGCAGAACGGUGAAUUGAGUCAUCUACGAAUGGAAGUGGAUCGCAUGCAGUCUGUUGUUUUGCGUAAGGACAUACGAAUCUCGGAACUCAUCAAAGAGCUUGAAGCCUCGAAAACUAGAGUGAAAGGAUUGGAGGAGCUGUGCAGAAAUCAUAUGGGCGGUGUACGACUGCCUUCACAUCCCUCGGCGGAGAAUUUGUUAACAGAAGUCGAAGAAACUGGAAAUGAAGACGAUGCUCUACCGAAUAUCUCGGCAAAUGACAACGCCUCAGAUGAACUAGUCAAGCCUGAAAAACUGCAAAGGACUCCAACCUCCGCCUGCUGA